ACACAGAAGCCUGUUUGCUGUGCGGUGUAUAAGCCAGCGCGUCACUAACGGCUCCGACCGACGCAAGUAAAUCUGCUCCUGCGGCGGCGACGUCGAGCGCAUCAAAGAGACAGACACAAACCUCAGUUCCCGUCAGGUCGCUCCGCCAACAGCCUUCUUCUGCUGGACAUGAAAGUGCAGCAGGGCUGCAACUCAUCAGACAUGGGGAUCCCGGUCAGAACCGAAGAAGAGCUGCGCAGAAAUACCGUAAUAACGCCCGAGGAUGUGUUGGGGCUGCAGAAGAUCACCAAGGAUUAUCUUUGUUCUCCAGAGGAAAACGUACACAUGAUCGACUUCACCAGGUUUAAGAUCCGUGACAUGGAGACAGGGACAGUCCUGUUUGAGAUCACUAAGCCUCCAACACCAGCAGGUGGUAAAAAGAAUUGUGACCCUAACGCCGGCCGCUUCGUCCGAUACCAGUUCACCCCAGCCUUCCUGCUGUUGCGGCAGGUCGGCGCCACGGUGGAGUUCACAGUGGGCAACACCCCCAUCAACAACUUCCGCAUGAUUGAGAGACACUACUUCCGCGACCAGUUGCUCAAGAGCUUUGAUUUUGAGUUUGGCUUCUGUAUGCCCAGCAGCAAGAACACAUGCGAGCACAUCUACGAGUUCCCCGCACUGUCAGAAGAAAUCAUGCGCGAGAUGAUCCUGCAUCCAUACGAGACGCAGUCUGACAGCUUCUACUUUGUGGACAACAAGUUGGUGAUGCACAACAAGGCAGAUUACUCCUACAGUGGAGGGCCAUAGGAAGACCUCCACCCCUUAACUCUUCCCUGUUGUAGACAUUUUGUUCAUGACCCAGGCUCAACUUCAGGACCAGAAGCAGAACACGAACUGAUGGACAGAUCGCCGGCAUUAAACGCUCUAGUCCCACUGUCCAAAUCCAUGUAUUUCCAUUAAAGCACUCUGCCGUCUGACCAGUCUCUCUCAGCGUCUUUGCAGGAACAUUGAAUUCUGCCACUCUGUAUCUGUGCGUGUGUGUGAAAGAGACAGCGCGUGUGUGUGGGCAGUAAACACAUGCAGUGUCUGUACAUACUGUCUUUUCAGAUUGGACAUGUUUGAUUCACUUGGUCUUCAGGAAAACCCUGAAUCAUUUACAUCACAGACUGCGUGUUUUCACGGAUGUUAAAGAAGACAGUGAGUCCCGUUUGUCCCGAACCACACCGUGAGACACAGAGAAAUUUAGCUACCCUAAAAAAAAAAAAACAUAAAGUUUAAUAAUUAAUCCAUUUGUAUGUAUAUUUAUAUAGUUUGUAUAGAAUCUCAUUACAUUUCUACUUGGAUUUGUAGUAGCACACAUCUGAAUGAUUCUGUCCUCCUCGUACCAGCUUUGUCACUUGUUUUAUGUUUUCAUGUCGAUAGUACUACUACACAUCAGGAGUAUUUUUUAAUGAAUAGCCAUUUUGAAGAGUCAGAUAACCAUCAUUAGCCACGUGUCAAAAAAAACCCGUCAGAUACCAAUUUUGAUAUCCAGUAUGUUCUCUGUAGUACUGAGCACGAUGUGUACUUUAUGUUUGUUUUGAAUUUAAAAGGUAUGUAAAGUUUCAAAAGCUGAAAUACUUUGACUGCAAUAAAUAUGUUUGGGGUUUUUUUUGAAA